CCUCCCCCUUCCAGCCUAUGACACACUUUCUCUCCUUUUUUCUCUCUUUUGCCUCCUCUGGCCUCCGGACUCCUGCCCGGGUGGCGCGCAGCCCCCUCCCGGCCCUGCAGCCGCUGGGCGGGCGGCGCCCCUCGGACGGUCCGGGCGGCGGGGACCGAGGGCUGGGGCUUCGGACGGGAGCCGGUGGCCUGCGCGGAGGAGGCGCCCGCGGCUGGCGGAGCAUGAGCGGCCCAGACCCUGGCCAUCACGACUCCACAUCCAGAAGGAGACUGGCUCAGGGAAGGACCAGCCCCAGCCAGAAGGAGUAGAAGUCAGAGCUCAGGAGCAGGAGGGCAGCUGCUGUCUGCUGAGCACCGACCACAUGCCAGGAGGAGCGCCAGAGAUGGACGACUACACGGAGACGCUGAAGGAUGAGGAGGACGCCUUGUGGGAGAAUGUGGAGUGUAACCGCCACAUGCUGAGUCGCUACAUCAACCCAGCCAAGCUCACCCCCUACCUGCGCCAGUGCAAGGUCAUCGAUGAGCAAGAUGAAGAUGAAGUGCUUAACGCUCCCAUGCUGCCGUCCAAGAUCAACCGGGCAGGCCGACUCUUGGACAUCCUGCACACCAAGGGGCAAAGGGGCUAUGUGGUCUUCCUGGAGAGCCUGGAGUUUUACUACCCAGAACUGUACAAGCUGGUGACCGGGAAGGAGCCCACUCGGAGGUUCUCCACCAUUGUGGUGGAGGAGGGCCACGAGGGCCUCACGCACUUCCUGAUGAACGAGGUCAUCAAGCUGCAGCAGCAGAUGAAGGCCAAGGACAUGCAGCGGUGCGAGCUGCUGGCCAAGUCGCGGCAGCUGGAGGACGAGAAGAAGCAGCUGACGCUGAUGCGGGUGGAGCUGCUGACCUUCCAGGAGCGGUACUACAAGAUGAAGGAGGAGCGGGACAGCUACAACGACGAGCUGGUCAAGGUGAAGGACGACAACUACAACCUGGCCAUGCGCUACGCCCAGCUCAGCGAGGAGAAAAACAUGGCGGUCAUGCGGAGCCGGGACCUCCAGCUCGAGAUCGACCAGCUCAAGCAUCGGUUGAAUAAGAUGGAGGAGGAAUGCAAGCUUGAGAGGAAUCAGUCGCUGAAACUGAAGAAUGACAUCGAGAAUCGGCCCAAGAAGGAGCAGGUUCUGGAACUGGAGCGGGAGAACGAGAUGCUGAAGACCAAAAUCCAGGAGCUGCAGUCCAUCAUCCAGGCUGGGAAGCGCAGCCUGCCGGACUCUGACAAGGCCAUCCUGGACAUCCUGGAGCAUGACCGCAAGGAGGCCCUGGAGGACCGACAGGAGCUGGUCAACAAGAUCUACAACCUGCAGGAGGAGGCCCGCCAGGCGGAGGAGCUGCGAGAUAAGUACCUGGAGGAGAAGGAGGACCUGGAGCUGAAGUGCUCGACCCUCGGGAAGGACUGCGAGAUGUACAAGCACCGCAUGAACACGGUCAUGCUGCAACUGGAGGAGGUGGAGCGGGAGCGCGACCAGGCCUUCCAUUCCCGGGACGAAGCCCAGACCCAGUACUCGCAGUGCCUGAUCGAGAAGGACAAGUACAGGAAGCAGAUCCGCGAGCUGGAGGAGAAGAACGACGAGAUGAGGAUUGAGAUGGUCCGGCGGGAGGCCUGCAUCGUGAACCUGGAAAGCAAGCUGCGGCGCCUCUCCAGGGACAGCGGCAGCCUGGACCAGAGUCUGCCCAGGAACCUACCAGUGACCAUCAUCUCUCAGAACUUUGGGGACAGCAGCCCCAGGACCAACGGUCAGGAGGCUGACGAUUCUUCAACCUCAGAGGAGUCACCGGAGGACAGCCGAUACUUCCUGCCCUACCACCCCCCCAAGCGCAGAAUGAACCUGAAAGGCAUCCAGCUGCAGAGAGCCAAAUCCCCCAUCAGCCUGAAGCGAGCAUCAGAUUUUCAAGGGAGGGGACAUGAAGAGGACGGCAUGGACGUCAGCCCCAGUUCCUCCAGGUCCCUGCCUGUCACCAACUCCUUCUCCAAGAUGCAGCCGCACAGGAGCCGUUCCAGUAUCAUGUCAAUCACCGCCGAGCCCCCAGGGAACGACUCCAUCGUCAGACGCUAUAAGGAAGAUGCGCCGCAUCGGAGCACAGUUGAAGAAGACAACGACAGCGGUGGGUUCGACGCCUUAGACCUUGACGAUGACAGUCAUGAGCGGUGCUCCUUCGGACCCCCCUCCAUCCACUCCUCCUCCUCCUCUCACCAGUCCGAGAGCCUGGACGCCUAUGACCUGGAGCAGGUCAACCUCAUGUUUAGAAAGUUCUCUCUGGAAAGACCCUUCCGGCCGUCGGUCACGUCCGUGGGGCACGUGCGGGGCCCGGGGCCCUCGGUGCAGCACACCACGCUGAGCGGUGACAGCCUCAUCUCCCAGCUCACCCUGCUCGGGGGCAACGCGAGCGGCACCUUCGUCCACUCUGUCAAGCCGGGCUCCCUGGCCGAGAAGGCCGGCCUCCACGAGGGCCACCAGCUGCUGCUGCUAGAAGGCUGCAUCAGAGGCGAGAGGCAGAGCAUCCCCUUGGAUACGUGCACGAAGGAGGAGGCGCACUGGACCAUCCAGAGAUGCAGUGGCCCCGUCACCCUGCACUACAAGGUCAACCAGGAAGGGUACCAGAAGCUGCUGAAGGACAUGGAGGAGGGCCUGAUCACGUCGGGGGACUCCUUCUACAUCCGGCUGAACCUGAACAUCUCCAGCCAGCUGGACGCCUGCUCCAUGUCCCUGAAGUGUGAUGACGUCGUGCACGUCCGUGACACCAUGUACCAGGACCGGCCCGAGUGGCUGUGCGCACGGGUCGACCCCUUCUCGGACCACGACCUGGACGUGGGCACCAUCCCCAGCUACAGCCGAGCCCAGCAGCUCCUCCUGGUCAAACUGCAGCGCCUGAUGCACAGGGGCAGCCGGGAGGAGGCAGACACGGCCCACCACACCCUGAGGACCCUCCGGAACACCCUGCAGCCAGAAGACCCGCUUCCCACCACGGACCCCAGAGUCAGUCCCCGCCUGUCGCGAGCAAGCUUCCUUUUCGGCCAGCUCCUGCAGUUCGUCAGCAGGUCUGAGAACAAGUACAAGCGGAUGAACAGCCACGAGCGCGUGCGCAUCGUCUCGGGGGGCCCGCUGGGGAGCCUGGCCCGGUCCUCACUGGACACCUCCAAGCUCCUGACCGAGAAGCAGGAAGAGCUGGACCCGGAGAGCGAGCUCGGCAGGAACCUCAGCCUGAUCCCCUACAGCCUGGUGCGCGCCUUCUACUGCGAGCGCCGCCGGCCCGUCCUCUUCACGCCCACCAUGCUGGCCAAGGCACUGGUCCAGAAGCUGCUCAACUCGGGGGGCGCGAUGGAGUUCACCAUGUGCAAGCCAGAUGUCGUCACGAAAGACGAGUUCCUCAGAAAGCAGAAGACAGAGACCAUCAUCUUCUCCCGGGAGAAGAACCCCAACGCCUUUGAGUGCGUCGUCCCUGCCCACAUCAAGGCCGUGGCGGACAAGAACAAGCACUGUCUGCUGGAAGCCGGGAUCAGCUGCACCAGAGACCUGAUCAAGUCCCAGAUCUACCCCAUCGUGCUCUUCAUCCGGGUGUCAGAGAAGAACAUCAAGAAGUUCAGGAAGAUGCUGACGCGGCCCGAGACGGAGGAGGAGUUCCUGCGCCUGUGCCGGCUGAAGGAGAGGGAGCUGGAGGCCCUGCCGUGCCUGUACGCCACGGUGGAGGUGGACAUGUGGGGCAACGUGGAGGAGCUGCUGCGCGUCCUCAAGGACAAGAUCUGCGAGGAGCAGCGCAAGACCGUGUGGGUGGACGAGGACCAGCUGUGAGGCGGGCGCCGCUGAGUCUGAGCGGGACUCGGCCGGGGUGUCCAGACCCCACCGGGCGAUGCUGUGGCGAGCCGGGGUACCCUGCUGCGUAGACGGCCGAGGGGCUCCGUCCUCCCUGGUGACGGAGCCCCCACCCAGGAAGCGCUGGGGGCACGUGCAGCUCGGCAAGGAGCAGGGAGUGGUCUUCGCCACCGGGGGCUGACCUGCUGAGCAGGCCAGCCCGGCCGGCGGGAGGAGGGAGGCAGGACCCCAUGAAGGACACAGAGCCAGGUCUGAGGUCAGCGGCCCCAGGAACCUGGGGCAGCAAUUGAAUGUAACGCAUGGGACAGGUGUGCUGCCCGUGGGGCGGGGACCCUGAAAGCCAGGGGUCUGCCCGCCCGCGGGACGCAAUGCACAUUCACACGCAGAAGGGGACAUGUGCCAUGCUACUAUUUUUCUUGCAUUAAAAUUUCUCUAUUUCCUUGUUUUCA